AUGCCCGAGGCGUGCGCCGCGCCGCGCUCCCCCACGUCCCAGCCGCCCCGCCCCGCCCCUCCCCACGCCCCCGCAGGCGACGCGGUGGCGGCGGCGGUGGGGGAGCUGUCGGCGCUGGGCGGGGGCAGCGUGCACGGCAUGCCGUGCAACGUCGCACGCCCCAACCAGCUGGCGGCGCUGGCAGACUUUGCCAAGGCGCAGAUGGGAACAGUAGACAUGUGGAUCAACAAUGCGGGCACCAACGCGUACCGGGUGGGUCCGCUGGCCUCCCAGGACAACGAGGACAUCAUCAGCAUCAUCGAGACAAACGUGAUUGGCGUCAUGCUGGGGUGCAAGGAGGCGAUCCGGGUGAUGAAGGACCAGCCCAGCGGCGGGCACAUCGUGAGUGACCCACCGCGCACGCUGAGCCUGCUGUGCAUGCUGAGCAUGCUGUGUGGGGAUGCUGUGGAGCAUGCCAGAGCAUGCCGCGACGUCCGCCUGCCCGCCUGCCUGCCUGGCGCCGUGGCAGGCCUGGGGCAGGCCUGGGGCAGGGGGCAGUUUAACAUGGACGGCGCGGGCGCCGACGGCAACGCCACGCCGCGGUUUGCCGCCUAUGGCGCCACCAAGCGAGGCCUGGCGCAGCUGGGGAAGUCGCUCCAG